AUGAUGGACCUCUCGCCGCACACCUCCAGCGCGGCCUCCCGCAGCCAGACGCCCUCGCACGCCUACAGCCUUCCGCCCGCCCAUCCGCGCUCCAUCGACCUGCCCACCGCCACCGACUCGCUGUCCAAUGGCUCGCUCGCCGCCGGCAAGAAGCGCAAGGCCACCGGCCCCUCGCGCGGCGUCGCCAACCUCACGCCCGAGCAGCUCGCGAAGAAACGGGCCAACGACCGCGAGGCUCAGCGCGCCAUCCGCAAGCGCACCAAGGCCCAGAUCGAAGCCCUCGAGCGCCAGGUGCAGGAACUGACCUCGCAGCAGCCCUACCAGGACCUCCAGGAGGCUCUACGCCAGAAACAGGCCGUCCAGGCCGAAAACGAGGAGAUUCGCCGCCGCCUGGGCUCCGUCAUGGCCAUCCUGCAUCCCAUCCUGAACUCCGGUAGUUUGCUGAACGGGAACGGCAGCAUCACGCUGAACGGCACCGCCGCUAGCUCUGCUGCUGCUGCUGCGGCUGCCGCCGCUGCCAUCGGCUCGCGCCCGCCGCCUGAUCCGCUGGGGGUGUGGGCGUCGAGCCUUGAGUCGGAUAUGCCGUCGCCGCCCGCCGGCCCGCUCUCCGACACGUCGUCGCAGCGGCGCAGCUCGCUCUCGCUCGAGCAAACCGUCAGAACCCCCGUGAGCCUCGAAUCGUACGCCGGCUCGCCGCAGGGCAUGCACAGCCCGUCGCCGUCGCUGUCGGGCCCAAUCAACAGCUAUCGACAGAAUUGGCCGUCUCAGGUCAACGACAACGGCCUCUCCGCCUGCAACCCCUUCGACUUCCAAAAACGAAACCUCGUUCACGGCCUGGAGUUUUCUGGCUCUGGCGAGAGACUGGGCUUGAAUUUCUUGCUGGAUUCUUCUCGGCAGGUCCCGAAGAUUAAUGAGCUCCGCCUCCAUGCGGCGUCGCCGUCCCAGGAGGUCCAGCACCGUUAUCAGAACCAUCUACAGAUGCAGAUACCCCCAAAUCUAUUUGAUACGUCGCUUCCACCGUUUGUCAUCCCAGUGCGAAACGUCGAACCUACUUGCCCUCUAGACAGCAUUCUUCUUAAUUUUCUCCGUGGCCGCCAGCGACAAGCUGCUGAAGGCGUGUCCAAAGGCCAGCUUGUCGGCCCCCCCUAUCCAAGCGUCUCCUCCCUCCUGAACCCCGAGAAAAGCGACAUGUCCCACCCCCUCUCCAAGGUGUUCACGGACAUCAUCAGCAAAUUCCCCGACAUUAGAGAUCUCCCAGAAAAAGUUGCCGUCGUUUACGUUAUGUUCCUUCUCAUGCGCUGGCAGAUCUACCCGACGAGAGAAAAUUACGAUCGCCUCCCCGAGUGGAUUACGCCGCGCGUUUCGCAGCUUGUUACUCCCCAUCCCGCCUGGAUGGACUACCUUCCUUGGCCACGCAUGCGCGACCGUAUGGUGGCUUCCUACGCCGACUACGACUUCGGCAAUUGGUUUAUUCCCUACACCACGACCCUGAGCAUCAACUGGCCCUACGCCGAUUCGGACUGCUUGCUGGCUAUCCCCAACUCAGAGGAAUAUGUCAUCAACCCGGUCUUCGAGAGCCAUCUCCGAAAUCUAAAUAACUGGUCCCUUGGGCCAGCCUUUGCGAAACAUUACCCCGGUUUGGUCGACACUUGCCGUGUGAAGACUGACCCGUGGGACACUGCUACCAAUGGCGCAUAA